AUAAGUGUCCGAACACGUGUCCGAAAUUAAAAAUUUAUCAUUUAAUUAUGGAUACAGAUAAAAGAGUAUCGGACACGUGUCCGAGAGUGUCCGAAGAGUGUCGGUGUCCGAUAUGUGUCCGACACGGAUACGUCACGUUCUCGAGAGUGUCCGUGCUUCAUAGCCCAAUAGAACCAAUUUAGGUCCUGUAAUUGGCUCUAGGUCUUAACUACUUAAUGGUAUGUGGGACUAGAAUUCUUGUCAUUGUAGGAAAAGUGCCAAGUGAUCAAACUAUUGCGAGCAACAUUCUUUUAUUCAUAUUUAGCCUGCUAACUGGUAUAGAAUGAAUACAAAUGGCUCUAUUUGAAACAACUACAGGAACUAUAGUUGGAUUUAGAUAACGAGUCUUUAUGGUGCAGACAGCUGGUAUGGAUUUUUUUCUUGACAUUGCUGUAUAUAUGCCAAGUGGGCAGACUGGUAUAAGCAUAUCUUUUUUCUUCCAUUUAUGGUUUGCCCAUACUUAGUUACUGGUUAAUUUAUAUACACACUGCAACAUGACUCAGAAAAGUAAGCUAUCUACCUGAUUAUUGUGUUUGAGCUUCUCUAUUCUUCUUUUAAAACGAAUGACAAAGUACAGAUCAGGCAAGCAAACCGAAAAAAAAAAAAUCAAUUUUUUUUCUUGGUUCCAACAAAGCCAACUUGAGCAGAAAAACCAUUACUUCAGAUUUCAUUUGAAUUUUGAAUGAGAGUGCUUUGUUUCAGAAUAAUUUGACUGUGCCUUGAUUCUUUCUAUUCUUUACAAUGCCAUCAGCAAUUGCCACCAGGAGAUUUCAAGUCUAUUUCAAACAAGUGGCUGUUACAGGACUAGUCCUAUACAUACUGGUCAUAUUACUGUCUAGCAAUUCUAGUCACCAUUCUUCCGAGUUGAUUUCACCCAUACAGCACAAAAUGGCACCGCCCUCACCACUGCUUGAGAAACCUCCAACUGAUAUAAGCCACCUUGUGUUUGGAAUUGCAGGUUCUGUGGCUACAUGGUCAUACAGGAAGUCUUACAUCGAAACAUGGUGGCAACCAAAUGUAACACAGGGAUAUGUCUUCCUUGAUAAAGCUCCGACAGGAGAUCUCCUACCUUGGCCUUCUUAUUCUCCUCCUUUUCGGGUUUCCGAAGAUACCUCCAAGUUUGAAGUGUACUCACAACAUGCAGCGCCAUCCAUUAUCAAAAUUGUGCGUAUGAUUCUCGAGACAUUUAGGGAGGAAGACGAAGGAGUGAGAUGGUAUGUAAUGGCAGAUGAUGACACAGUCUUUGUUGUUGAUAACUUGGUUGAGGUCUUAGCCAAGUACAAUCACACUAAGUACCUCUACAUUGGGGGCCAUUCAGAGUGUAUUAAAUCAAACGUCGACCAUUCAUUUGAAAUGGCAUUUGGUGGGGGUGGGUAUGCUUUGAGUUACCCUUUAGCAGCAGCUCUGGUGACAAAUUUAGAUGGCUGCAUCAAGAGAUAUCCAGAUUAUCGUAUCAGCGAUCGGAUUUUGCAGUCUUGCAUAUCUGAUUUUGGAGUUUCCCUGACUGCUGAAAAGGGUUUUCACCAGAUUGAUCUGCAUGGCGACAUAUCAGGACUUCUAUCAGCCCACCCACAUUCUCCUUUGGUCUCCCUGCACCACCUUGAUGUUGUAGAUCCAAUUUUUCCCUCCAUGAACCGUCAUGAAUCAAUUAAACAUCUUAUGGAAGCUGCCAAAAUUGACCAUUCUCGUCUGUUACAGCAAGCUAUCUGCUACCACAAGCAAAACAACUGGUCUUUUUCAACUGCUUGGGGCUACUCUUCUCAUAUUUAUGAACAAAUUAUCCCUCCGAGCCUCCUGAAGAGACCCCUUGAGACAUUUAGGCCAUGGAUAGAAAACACAAGGCGGCCACAUUUCAUGUUCAACCCACGAUUACUCCUCAACGAUCCAUGUAAGGCUCCUCAUGUUUUUUUCUUCGAAUCCCUUGUGGAAACUGCCGGGAAUCAACUUGUUACAAGCUACAUCCGCGCAUCACAGCGGGAUUUUCCGGCUUGUUCAUCAGGAGGGAAUCACUCUGCAGAUCGUAUCUCAAAAAUUCAGGUCUUCUCGCCAAAAACCAAACCCAGUGAGAUUGAAAGAAGUGAAUGCUGUGAUGUUGUGCAUGUGGAUGGCAAGGACAUGGCAGAGGUCACAUAUAGGGCUUGCAUGAAGGAUGAGAUUGUUGGUUAGAAAGAAAUUCUUGUGCUACAUUUUUAAAACUGCUCCAGUGUGUUAAGUUUUGUAGGUGAAUGUAUAUUGAGGCCUCACGAGGCAACUCUCAAUAUUACAUAAAUUUUUCAUUUUUCCUUCUCUCUUGUGCCAAUUAAGAAAUCCAUGAACAAACUAAAAGAAAUAGCCUAUUGUAUUGCUAUGUCUUUGUCACAUUGAAAGAGAUAAGUGAACUGAAGAGUAUGGUUAUGAAG